AUGAAUGGCAAAAUUUCAAUGCCUGCUGCUGGUGGGGGAAGGUACAAAGAGCGAUUUUGUGGUCCCUUCUGGGGGCUUGGCUUGUGGAACGAGUUGGGGAGAAACUGCAAUGGGAAUGGGAAGAAAACCACGUUGCAAUAAAGAAGAUCAAUUUUUUGGGAUGAAGUUCGAUAAAUUUUAAAUCGUUUACGUGGAUUUCAAGCGAUUUAGCGAUUUUUUGUUUAAAAAUUCAUUAAAUAAGCUACAUGACUUUUCGUAUAGCGAGCUGGCAACACUGCCAUCAGCUGUCAAAUGCCAAACCUCCAUAAACAACUGGCUUGACAGCGGAAAGGCAAACAGGGGCAACAAAAAAAAAAAACAAGUGAUGAUGGUAAACAAUUUUGCGAUCUCGAUCUUCGUCCAAUAGUGAGCCGGGAAUCGUAAUUUAACCCUCUCAAGCACAAGCAUUUCCUACCAUAAUACAAUUACUAGUGCGUGCGUGUAGCGUAGGAGAGAUGAACGGCAACAUGACGGUGAAAUGUGAACCAAUCAGCGAAGAGGUGGAACUGUUCAACAGCCUUGUCGCGGCCGGCGACGAUGGGCAGCCGCUGCCCCAGCAAGACCUUCGGUUUCUCUGCCUGUACAGACUGAAAGUUACCCAAGAGACGGUGGAAUUGCUGGAAGCGCAAAAGAUUGACGUCGAGUGUUUGCGCAAAAUGCGCAUCGAGGACGUGGACGUACUUUUCGAGGGGAAGCCGCUCGGGUCGAAGAUUUUGUUUCGCGAAGCAUUCCUCGAGUGGCGCGACGAGAUUGGGCUGCCGUGCCAAAGCAUUAAAUCGAUAGGCGACCGCAAACGGUACAGUGAACCGUCGCCGGCGUCAUCGUCGUCGUUCGAUCUGUUGGGGGGAACCCCGCUGAAACAGCAGCUGCUCACCUCACCGAACUGGGACGAAUGUCUGCCGCCGGCGGUACAGCUGUUCGGCGAGCGGGAAGCGAACGGUCAGCGGGAUGGUGCGGCUCCCGUGUCUUAUCGCUCGUUUCAGUGGCCAAUGACGCCGGGCACGCUAAAGGACGUGCUGAGCAGUAGCCCGAUCGGGCAGCCGAUCCUUGCGCGCGGAUGCUUGGGCAGCUUGAGCAAAUCGCUGCAAUAUCAGCUGGCCGCCAUCAUUAUCGAUUAUCACAUGGAGUUCGAGACGAAGAUUACCACCCCGCAGCUGGAGAACUAUGCGUACUGCAUUACGACACUGUUUCCACACGAAAAUGCGCAAACGUAUCACAUUCCUCGUGGUCCCAACAGGCGAAAUCCGGGCGGUUCGUUGUACUCUCGAUUUAUUAACCAAAAGAUAAGCAAAAAAGCACUCGCCAUCGGAAGCACGAUGGCUACAACUUAAAAGCGGAAUGCGUUCCAUGAUGCCUGCGUGUGCAUGAGAGAAAUAGAGAGAGAGAGAGACGAUUUACAUUUAAGAAGAUUCAUUCAACCGUCUCACGGACCAAGUUUGUGCACAAUUUAGCUCUACCACCUUAUAAGUCUGUUCAGAGUGUUUUUAUGUUGCUCGUAAAAUCGAAUAUGCGUUGUGUGAUUAAUUGGAGUGAUUUAGCUUACUUUCUAGGGUUACAUGAAAUGGUUCAUACUUUUUUUUCGGUGGAAAUUGUGGAAGCAAAUGUUUAUCUGUGGAGUUCUUGUUGUGAUCAAAUACUUAAUCCAUCUGCAAUAUUUAUGUGUGUGUGUGUGUGCGUGUAUGUUAGGAAUCUAAUAUUUAUUCUUGUGAUUGCAACGAUUGUUUACCAUUCUUCCCAUCCUCUCUGCACUGUAGUCUACUUCGAGAUGUGUCUUUUUUCAAACAUCACUUUAUGAUAUUGGAUAGUACGUGAUAUGUACGCAGGUGGGAAUUGCUACGAAUAAACUAUGAAAACUUAGGGUUAAUAAUUUCAAAAUGCGUGGUCCCGUGGUAUAGUCAUCGAUAUGCCCUUCUUGGGUUCAAGCCUCGUAUUCAAGACGGUAGCAAGGGGACUGACUAUACGGGCUAUGCCUGGUCGGUAUGAGCUAGUGAUGGGAAAAAUGAAAUUUUCGUCGGAAUCGAUUCUGGCUAGUUCCGAAUUUUUCUGAAAUCGAUUCCGGAUAGUAGGUCUGGAAACAGAAUUGGUUCCGGAAUUGGCUCGGGAAUCGGUUCCAGAAUCGAAAUCGGCUCCUAAAACGGAAUUAGCUCUGAAAUCAGAAUCGACUUCGAAAUGGAGUCAGUUUCGGCGUCUCCAUAAGAACAGGCGUUUGGGUCCAAUGAUGCUACUUAUUGAUUGCAGGAAAGAAUCAAAAUU